UUCCACCACUCAACCAUGCUUUCCCUCAAAACCCUCCUGUUUGUUUCGGUCGCCUGCUUAGCGCAGCUAGCAGCGGCUGGUCCUCUGGACGUCAGGGAUUCACCAAAACUGAUUUGUGUCGCCGACGGUAGCAAAGGUGGCGACAGAACACAGCAAAGCGAUCUCUGCACUGAGUGCAGCCCAAACUGCAGGCGAGUUGCGCCACAGCCAGAAUGCUGCCCUGGAACUCACCUCUAAGAUUAUGGGCUUUCGAUGUAGAAAUGCCCCCGACAGUAGUUGGAACUUGGACUAGCAAUAGGUUAUAGGGAG